GCCAAAACCUGAACUAUCCCAACUAUGUUUACCCCACGGAGAGAUGAGAGUGUCCUGUUCCUCUCGGGACGAAUAUUCAGAGCUACGGUGGACCCUGGAGAACCAGAACCUAAACAGGAAUGUGGCCUAUCUGAGCAGCCAAAGGGACACUGUCAUACUGAAGGGGAACGUGUCUGGAGCUCUGGGCUGUGAAGUCAGGAAUCAUGUCAGUAACAGUACCAACACGCUCCAGAUUGUGCCCUGUCCAGGAAUUGACACCGCUGUGACUUUGUGGUGUAAUUCAGCGAACGGAACAGAGGUCUCAUUCACGAUCAGCGCUGCACACUCCCGCUCGGUGCCGAGUAUCACCAGGAUGUUUUUCACUUUUUCUGGGGAAGACCCGGUGCUUGUUAUUUGCAACAGCAGAGCCGACAUGCGGUACCCAACGGUUAUUUUAUUGAUAUUAGCUGCCUCGGGAGUCUUUAUAGCUGUUGCUCUACUUGCAAGAACAUACUGUCUCCAAGUGAGGACCACCAGACACCGCAGUUCCCCAUCAAGUCAGCAAUCAGAUGAAGAGAACGUCCCUGAGCCAGUCUACACGCAAGUUAGUGUGAGGAAAAAGAAGAAAAGUACAGCAAUAGAGCAAGCAGCACUAGAGGAGGUGCAGUACGGACAGGUGAAACUCAGCGAACAUGAUACCCUGUCUGACAGUUUAGGGAUUUCUGUAUAUACUGUGGUUCGGCAAUAG